UUGCCCUUUUUGUUGCUUGCCAAUAUGGGUGCUACAACGACGCUCUGGAACCCGUCGAAGUACGAUAAAGUCCGUGGUAUUGUGGAUACAAAGAAUACCGGAGGAGAACUAUUCAAUGGAUUGACAUACCAUGUAACUCACAAGUCACAGACAGUCAGACUCACGACUGGGCAUACAAUUCCAGCCGAGGGUACUAUCAUCGAGGUGAAGGCGAGGAAGGAAAGCAAUGCAAGUGAUGGCCUUGUCGGUAGUUUGCACGAAAAUUCUGAUAUGAAGAAAGCGUUGCAGCAGUCAAAAAAUGUACAUAUACAUUCUAAGGUGGUUGUUGCCAAGGCUAGACCUACAAAGAAGGAUAUACACUAUGAGUUAAGCGAACCAUCUGGGUACAUGCACUCUACGGUAGUUUCGCAAGGAGAGUGCACAUGUCCCAUAGAGAGAUCACAAUAUAUUGUCAGUAUCAGCACACCAGCAAGCAGGAAACCAAGUAAAACAGUUGAAUUGCAUACUCGUAGUGCGAGUAGUGUAUUGUCUGAUGUCGAUUAUUCGGAUGAUUCAGAGCUGCAUGCUAUGGAUGCAGACGCAGGGGUGAAAGUUAGACAACCUAAGUCUAGUAACAAGUCAGCUUUUCGUAUGUCCUGGACAACGAACGAGCCUAUCAGAGUGCCCCCCUCCUGCGGAGUACAGCCCGUUUUGCUUAAGGUUAGGCCUAACCGGCUAAAUAGCAAUAGUGAUUACAGGAGUAGUGAUAGUAGGUGCAGUCACGCUAGUAGUAUUGCCGAGUGCGACACCCGUUUAGGUACUGCUGAAAGUAAUAAGGCGUCAUCGGCUGAGCGUGGCACGGUGGGGCUUGGAGAUGGCACAGAUUCAUUCAAAGUACGCGCAAACACACACACACACGCUCUUUCCGGUGUACGGACGGUGAGCUUACCUGCUCGUUCGAGUGAACUCUCUGCACUAACGAGUGUACCUGUGCGCAGUGUAGAGGGUACCAAUGCCGGGCCACGUGACACAACUAGUGUGGGCACGGCGAAUACUAAUGCUACGAAGACACAUACCUAUGCACACACACAUGCGGCAGAUGAUGAUACCUGCACACACAGCACACCAACCACUGAUCCACGCACGCACACAAACACACGCACGCACAUACGCACAUACAACUGUGAGCAGCUGACAUCAGUUCCCCAGAGCGGUGGGAUGAAGGAGGUUAAAUCAAAUAUCGGGGCAAAACUACGUAGAGGCGCGUCUGCCCCUACCCCUGUAUCACGUCCACUUAGUACUGAUCUGUCGGCCAAGGACGGAGAGCUGACGUUAAACUCGCGUGAAACGCAUAGUGGCCAAUUAUCCAGCAGCACUAAGCUGGGGAAGAGAAACACGCAUAUUGGCCAAUUAUCCAGUAGUGCCAAGCUCGGGAAGAAAACGUCAAACUCCAGUGGGAGUAGUAUAAGUCCGAUACACAUUGGUGCGGCUGCCUCGGCACGGGUGCUUAGUAGGGUGGCGACAACCAUCACAGCCAAACACAAGGAGAUCGACGAGGAGAUCAAGGGGGAGAGCAGGCGAGAAAGGGACAGGAAGGUGAUUGAGAAGUCCAAGUGCAGGCUAGAGGAGAGUAUGAUUGAGGAGUAUCGGAGGCGGAAGCAGGCUGGGGUGGCUAUGAGCUUCACGCAGGCACCGGCACUGAAUGUGUCAGCUCGUGCGCGCGGAGGCGAUAGACAGACAGGCGCCGGUGCAAAGAGACAUGCCGAGAGCAGAGGGAUGCUGAAAGCCCAACAUAGCAACGGCAGUGACACGAAGGCUAGUUGUGCCGAGCCAAGGACAUACAAGAAGCGGCCGCGGAGUGCGUGUGACGGCAAAGUGUCGCAGAAGUAUACAGAUACCGCAUUCAUCAUGUCACCCACAGCUCAGCAACCUACGGGUGUUCCCAGGCAGGUAUGGCGAGCGAUGCACAUGCGAUCAUUGCAGGUGCACUGUGCAGAGUGCAGCACUGCACCGCAAGGGUGCGAUGUGCACAGGCCCAGUGCUGAGGCUGUAGCGAUGCAACCGGUAACUAGGCAACGAGUACAUGGCGUGGGGGUGGAUACGGGAAAGCAGAGAGUAGCGCAGAAAGCCUCAGUGUCUGGGCGGACCUCACUGAACGCUUCCAUUGGCAAACUGCAGCGGCAGUACAGUUUAAUGUCUGGGGGGAGUAUUGAGGAAGAAGAGAACGAGUUCGAUUUCCGAAGCGUGUCACCCGAAGGCACGGCAAUCGUCACAUCACACGCGCACUACACGGCACUGGGCCAAAGCCACACCGCCGAACGACAUAGCAAGCCCGUGCCGAGGUCGUCUGGUGGUGGUGCUGUAGUCGAGGCUCAACCGAAGAGCCUACCCUCACAACACCGCGGAGAUAGACUCAGUGCACUGGAUAGUCACACAGAUACAUCCUCUCCACACCCACACUCAGACCCACACACGGGGGGGGUGUUUGUUUAUCCGUCGGAGAUAUUAGAACAUCUGAGCUGUCGUUGUUCGCUAGUGCAGCUCAGCUCAGCUCGUAAUACGGCACAGGGACAACCACUGCCACACAGUCACUGCUGUGAGCCAAACGAUGCAUAUGAUAGCGACACUACACAUAGGCCCCAUCGCCUGUCGUAUAAUCGGCCACACAGAGGCACACGGCAUAGAAGCCACAGUAUGACGGGGAACAGACCCCGAAGCAUCUUGCACAACAGAUCGCACAGCAUCACAGAGUACAGAGUCACGAGUAAUUCUAUAAAUAGUCCUCUCCGGGCGGCAACCCGCACUGGAAUGCCGCUUCAGCACCGUCAACACCGACAGCCCAACGGACAUCAACAGCAUAGCUCGCCUCAUAGGCGGCACACAAACAUAUCUUCGCACCUCUCACACACGCGCUCGCAGCCGUCGCCAGGUUGCAGUGGUAUAAACACACCCACACAUUACACGCAUACACGGGCUUAUUCACCCACACAGUAUAGUGGCUCACCCGUGGGAUCUCCCAGUCUCGACUACCAAGGGUUUGCACCCGGUACUCCCAGACAGGAUUAUGGCAGACAUCCCACGCCGCAGAGACGCCAUAGUGGACAAUUAUCGAGUAAAACACAAGUACCCAGGACUCCCAGGCAGGAUUAUGGCAGACACAAGACACGUCAGAGACGCCAUAGUGGACAAUUAUCGAAUCAUAGAGCACACGUACCCGGGACUCCCAGUCAGGACUAUGACAGACAAAACGCACUUCAGAAACGCCAUAGUGGACCAUUAUCGAAUAGAGCACCAGCACAGAGUUGGAGUAGUUUCGGCAGCAGAGCAGCUGGGUUGGGUGCCAGGAACUACCACAGGAGCCACUCAUACACCCCCACAGAUGUCGGCGAUACGUAUACUCGCGCGACCCCCAGGAGUUCGGAUGGGUCUGUGCAUUGCUUUCCGUCGCCUACGUCCCUCAUCCAAAACAUAUCCAACAAGUCGGUGGAGUCUGCUGAGAGAGACCGCGCAGGCGCAACGGUGACACGGACACGCUCAGGACCUCAAAUGGAAACGACUAGUUCGUAUACGGGGCAGGAUAUGCAUGCACACGCACACACCCGCACCCACAUAGAUAAGCAUACAAGGGAUGGAGAACGUAGUUUAGACGCUGCUGAACACCGGAACUCGCGCCACAUGUUCUACAGACAGUCGUCUUGGGAUGGCAGGCCGUUGCAGGGUGCACUGAGCAGAGUCACAGAGGAGCAUCACAUGGGCGCCUAUGCUAAGCAUGGCAGCAGUAGCGGUAGUCGAGGCGUGUUUAGGAGGAGUUAUUCUACCGAUGGGACCGGCAAUAGCAAUCGAAGUAGUUGCCAUGACGACGCUAGCACAUUGAUAUUUGAACCGAGCGAGAUAGGUGGCGGACAGCCCAUCAAGUACACUGACAGUGCGGAGGUGUAUGAGAGCACAGCCUCGAAUACAGAGACUGACGAAAAGAGUGGAAGUUGCAGUGAUCUCAACCAGCUGCAAGACGGUAGAACGCGGAGCAACUCGGGAAACAGCGCCGACAGCAGUAGGAAAUCCCUGUCGUUUAAACCGUUGAUCUAUAUGGCUCUGCAGGCAAAGAGGGCCUUAUCUAAGGAGCGUGCUAGUCGAUCGACUACGCAUAAGGAUGUGACAUUUAGUACAGAGACGCUUCACAUUGCGUUAACCAAUGAGAGAGAAACAGGUGAGCUAGAUAGUCAAUACUUGCAGACGGUUCAGUGGAGUGUCCAACCCCAACGGCAACCAGGCGCAGGGCCGACAGGACAGUCAGACACGGGACAUUCGGACGAAAGGCGGAAAAGCUCAGGGCAUUCAGAGAAUAUAGCAGAUGUACUGCGAAAGAUGGAGCUACCUAUCCAGGCACGGCCUGGUGUAGGACAGGCGGCGACGGGAGAGUCAGACGCAAGACAACUGACGAAGCGCACGUCAGACGUAGGGCAACCUGGACAUUCGACGGAUGUGUUACCGAACAUGGGACUACUCGGUUUAUCACGACCAGGUGAACGUCAAUUGGCAACGGGAGAGUCAGACGCAAGACAACUGACGAAGCGCACGUCAGACGUAGGGCAGCCAGGACAAUCAACGGAUAUAUUGCCGGCCUUGGGAUUACUCGUCCCACCUCGGUCAUGUGUAAGACGAAUGGCGAAGGAUGAGUCAGACGUAGAACAACCAGGACAUUCAACGGAUGUACUACCAUACAUAAAGCUACUGUUCCCGGAUCGGCCGAGUGCAAAACAAUUGUCGAAGGGGGAGUCGGAUGUAAGACAAAUAGCUUGUGGAGAGUCUGACACAGGACAGACUGGAGAACCAACAAACGCACUGCCCGACAUAGGGCAAGUAGCACCCACAGAGGCGUAUAUAGAGCAGCUGCCGACAGGAGUGUCGCAAGAGUCAACGGAAGGACAUAAUGAUAUAGCGCAACCGACCCCAAUACAGUCUUGCAUACAGCCACCAGCCACUACAGGAUCUGACGUACGACAAAUAUGUGGGAGGCAGCAGAAGUCGGAGCAACCAGUUGUGGCAAGGCCACGCCCAGCUACAAGGCGCAAGCGUGUGAUCUUUGAUGAGAUACAAACGGCGUUCCUCGUGCCCUCGAGCCACACGUACGACCGCAGUACGACUAAAGAGACGGACUUUACGAUCAGUGACGUGGACAAGGUCUACAUCGACCUCAUGCGGUACAAGCUGCUGGAGAUGGAAGUGCACGCACACUCGUACAUCAAUACCAACAUGCAUCUCGCCAAGGUUGGAAAGGCUGUGUUGCAGGAGAGACAGCAGAUACUGCGGGGUAUUCUAGGCGAGGUGGAGGACGUUGAGGAUGUGCAAUAUCACGAGAUGAGAAGGGAUCAGGGUGAAUGAUAAUAUAGCGCACACACACACACGUACGCACGCACACACACAUAUAUGUAUAUAAUAUAGAAAUACGAUGGGAAACAAGCUCAGCGUAUGCUUCUGGGUGUUUCCUUUUAGAUGUACACACCACAUGUACCUCACAUUUCGACCGCCGCGCGUGCCAUGAAGGGUACAGCAGGUGCGCAUGAACAGUAAAUAAAUAGCAGGAGCACACGCUGCACUGACCACAACAAGGAA